GUGGUUUUACUUAGACGUAUCUUUCAAAUGAAAUUCCUGAGUGAUAUUUUUCGUGUCGCAAAUUUGUGCCACAUAGAUGCAGUGUUCCAGGCAUGGCCUUCGUCGUACCAGUCGAGAAUUCCCCGUAGACUACGGAUGCCUGAGCCAUUUGAUCCCAACUACUUGGAUGAGCCGGAGGCAUUCUCCGUUGGGCGAUUCAUCUUCAAGAUCAUUAAGAUUAGUGCACUGCUGCUGAUUUGGGCAUUCUUCACCUACAUUCUGGUCCAGAACGCCACCAAGCCGGACAAGAAAUCGGUGGUCACGGUGCUGCCCAACGAGACGGUACUCCGCCGACUGUCCGAGCCCCAUGAUGCGACUAGGAUAACGCUGAAGGGUUCCAUCGAUUUGCGGAAGCAUAACAGCAAGACCAAGGAUAAGCCCUAUGUGGGUGUACGCGUGGAGUGGCGGGAUUCGGAAUUGAACACCACGUUCUGGCGCUCCGAUAUGUGGAUUAUCUAUCUGCUCAAGCAGAGUAAUGAUUUCACGACGGCUGCCAAAACCUUUCAGAUCUCGAAGGUUCAUAAUGCCAAGGCGGUGAUUUCACUGGAGGGCCGAAACGAGGAGCCAGUGUCGCUAUUGCUGGUGGUAUCGGCAUAUCCCUUGAUAACGAAAAAUGGUGUCAUCUAUGCCGCCCUGCUGCUGAUCGGUCUGUAUAUUCUGAUCGUCUUUGAGCUCACGGAUCGCACAUUCGCUGCUCUGAUGAUGGCCACCACUGGGAUAGCGAUUCUCACGGCGCUGGGCAGUCGACCGACCCUGGAAACCAUUAUCUCCUGGAUUGAUUUCGAGACCCUGCUACUGCUGCUCGGUAUGAUGAUACUGGUGGCCAUCAUGUCCGAGACGGGUGUAUUCGACUGGAUGGCUGUGGUGGCAUACCGAAUAUCCAAGGGUAAUCCCUGGCCAAUGAUCCUCUUGCUCUGCUCUAUUACCGCCUUCGUAUCCUGCAUCCUCGAUAAUGUGACCAUGCUGCUUCUGAUGGCGCCCAUUGCGAUCCGUUUAUGCGAGGCCAUGGCCGUCCAGACACCACUGGUCCUCAUGGCUGUGGUGAUGUACUCCAAUAUCGGUGGCACCCUCACUCCGGUGGGUGAUCCACCCAAUGUGAUCAUUGCCACCAAUACAGAGGUGGUCGCCAAAGGAGUGGAUUUCCUCACUUUCACCAUUCACAUGUUGCCUGGAGUUUUAAUGGCAGCAGCGACGGGUUAUGGUGUCCUAUAUCUGACCAUGAGGAAAUCCCUGUUCAAACUGGAUGAUCGACAAAUUGAGCUGGCAGCUGAGCGGGAGAACAGUAGACGACGAUCGAGUGCGGAUAUUACGGCAAGGGCCGAAGAAAUGCGAGGACGACAAAAGGGACGCCAGUUCCUGAAGCCCGUCGACAACUAUUUUCAGACCCUGGCCCAUUUGGAGGCACAUCACCGCAUCGAGGACAAGACGCUGCUGAUCAAGUGCCUUAUCACACUCGUAUUUGUGGUCCUAUGCUUCCUGUUUCACUCGCUGCCCUUUAUGCCCGGUGCCACAUUGGGUUGGGUGGCAAUCUUAGCCGCCUUCUUGCUCCUCAUUAUGGCCAAGAUGAACGACAUCGAGGCGAUUCUGGACCAGGUUGAGUGGUCAGCGCUGCUCUUUCUGGCCGCCUUAUUCGUGCUCACUGAGGCGGUGGAUCAACUGGGCUUCAUUCGCUGGUUGUGUGACUGCACCGUCAAGGUGAUCAUGAGUGUCGAUGAGGAACAUCAGACGACAGUGGCCAUCCUGAUAAUCAUCUGGAUGUCCGCCGUCCUGUCGGCCUUCGUUGGCAAUGUGCCGGUGACCACGAUGUUGCUCAGACUGAACAUUGAGUUGCACCGCAACGAGGAUAUCAGCAUUCCCCUAACGCCCCUCGUUUGGGCCUUGUCAUACGGCGCCUGUUUUGGUGGCAAUGGCACCCUGAUCGGGGCAUCGGCCAAUAUUAUCGCAGCGGCCAUUGCCAACCAGUAUGGCUAUAGGAUCUCCUUUGUGCAGUUCUUCAUCUAUGGCUUUCCCAUGAUGCUGGUCACCAUUUCCCUGGCAACGGUUUACCUCCUCAUCGCGCACUCGCUAUUCGCGUGGCACAAGACAUAGUUUUCCAGGUUUCAACGCCUAUUGUUGGCUAUUUUCCAAGUUUCCCCACAGGUGUAUUCAAUUUCCCUCUGGAUGCUAUAUGGCACAUGGCUUAUGCAAGAGUGUACAGUGAUUCAUGACACCCAAUAAAGAUUACUCUAGUUU